GCCUGCUGUCGCGCGGCGGAGCCCCGUCCAUGCCUGCGGCGGGGGGCGGCAGGGCCGGGUCGGGCCCUCUCCGGCAGCGGGGAACCCGCCGGCUGCAGGGAGCGCCGCCCGCCGCCCCGCUCGCUCCUCGUCCUCCGGCGGGCUGGCGGGCCGCUCUGGGCCUCGUCACCCUCCUCAGCUUCGCCUCCCGCUUCCACCGCCUGCCCGAGCCGCCGCACGUCUGUUGGGAUGAGACCCAUUUUGGGAAGAUGGGAAGUUACUACAUUAACCGGACCUUCUUCUUUGAUGUCCAUCCUCCUUUGGGGAAGAUGCUGAUUGGACUUGCUGGCUACCUGAGUGGAUAUGAUGGAACAUUUCCUUUCCAAAAGCCAGGGGACAGAUACGAACAGCACAACUACAUGGGAAUGAGAGGGUUCUGUGCGUUCCUCGGCUCCUGCCUGGUUCCCUUCGCCUACCUCACAGUGCUAGAGCUGUCCAAGUCACUGCCAGCAGCCUUACUCACAGCUUUCAUCCUUAUUUUUGAUACAGGCUGUAUUACUUUGUCUCAGUAUAUCCUGCUUGACCCCAUUCUGAUGUUCUUCCUUAUGGGAGCUGUUUUGAGUAUGGUGAAGUGUAACUCCUGUGCAGAUAGGCCAUUCUCUGCCUCCUGGUGGCUCUGGCUGAGUCUGACUGGGGUGAACCUUGCUGGAGCAAUGGGGGUGAAAUUUGUUGGCCUUUUUGUAGUCCUGCUGGUUGGUCUGAACACAAUCCAUGACCUUUGGGACUUGCUGGGGAACCUCAGCCUGUCACUGGUCAUGUUUGGGAAGCACUUCCUGGCUCGUGUGCUCUGCCUCAUCCUGCUUCCACUCACCCUCUACAUGGUGAUGUUUGCUGUUCAUUUUGCAGUAUUAAAUAAAAGUGGUCCUGGGGAUGGUUUCUUCAGUUCUGCCUUUCAGUCUCAGCUGAUUGGGAACAAUCUUCAUAAUGUCUCCAUUCCAGAGCAUUUGGCGUAUGGGUCUGUGGUCACGAUGAAGAACCUUCGGAUGGCAGGGGGUUACCUUCACUCCCACUGGCACCUCUACCCAGAGGGCGUUGGGGCUCGCCAGCAGCAGGUCACAGCCUACCUACAUAAGGAUUUGAAUAACCUGUGGAUUAUAAAGAAGCAUGAUUCAGAUACAGCAGAUCUGUCGGAUUCCUCCAGCCCUGUGGAGUUUGUGAGGCAUGGAGACAUCAUUCGCCUGGAACAUAAAGAAACUUCUAGAAAUCUUCACAGUCACCAGCAUGAGGCUCCCCUGACAAGGAAGCACUUUCAGGUCACUGGCUACGGCAUAAAUGGAACAGGAGACUCCAAUGACUUCUGGCGGAUCGAGGUGGUGGGCAGAAGGGCUGGGAAGCUUAUCAAAGUCCUACGGAGUAAGGUCCGGCUAACCCAUGUGGCCACGGGGUGUAUUCUGGGCUCUUCUGGAAAGACUCUGCCAAAGUGGGGUUGGGAACAAGUGGAAGUCACCUGCACACCAUACGUAAAAGAGACUCCCAAUUCUCUCUGGAACUUUGAAGAUCAUAUAAACCCUAAGUUGCCCAAUAUCAGCCUGGAUGUUUUGAAGCCUUCUUUUGCAGAAAUUCUGCUAGAGUCUCACAUGGUUAUGAUCCGGGGAAACAGCGGCCUGAAACCAAAGGACAAUGAAGUUACAUCCAAACCCUGGCACUGGCCCAUCAACUACCAGGGUCUGCGUUUUUCUGGUGUCAAUGAGACAGAUUAUCGGGUUUAUUUGCUGGGAAACCCGGUGGUUUGGUGGCUAAAUCUGUUCACUAUUGGGCUGUAUCUUUUGAUAGCAAUUUCCACUGCAGUGGCCCUGAAGAGAGGUGUCCAACUGACUUCUGAACUCAAAGAGCUGUCCCGAGUUGUGCUUUGUGGCGGAGGGCAGGUUGCUCUGGGCUGGCUCCUUCAUUACCUGCCCUUCUUCAUGAUGGGCCGAGUUCUCUACUUUCACCACUACUUUCCUGCCAUGCUUUUUUCCAGCAUGUUGACAGGAAUCACCUGGGACACACUACUGAAGUUCUUUUCUCAGUUCUUGUCACCCAGCACUGCAGCUAGAAGAGUUUAUGGAGGGGGGAUUCUGGCACUGAUUCUGCUCAUCAUGUACAGCUUCUACCUCUUCCAUCCUCUGUCCUAUGGGAUGAUAGGACCCAUGGCAUCUGACCCCAGCAGCCCCAUGGCAGGGCUCCGGUGGAUGGACUCCUGGGAGUUCUAGAGCCAGCAAAGAGCAUCUGGGGACAGAGAGUAAGAAGCAUGAGGACUUCUGCACGUCAAGCUGGUUCUGGCACUUUGGAGGACAUGUAAAGUGUCCUCUCUGGUGAACUCUGGGUGUAGUAUCCCUGCUGCUCUGGUGUUUGUUUGCACUGCCUGCAUUAGGAGAUACAGAAGCUGACCACGAGAAGAUCCUCUUAGAAAGACUCAUGAAUCUUUAGGUGAUAUUCCUGGACAACUGCCUGGUUAAAUCUCCGUUCUUUUGAGCAACUUGGGACUCUUCACAAGCAAACAGCAGUGGCAUUCUAGCAAACAGACCAGUACAAGCUGGGGACUGUAUGUGGUUGAAUUUCACAUGCCUAUCUCUGUCUUCCUUCUUGUGUCAUUGCAGUUUGAGAGCCAGAUAGUGUCCGGAAGUUGGGACUCGAAUCAUGCUUCAUGACCUUUCUUAUGGUAAGGUUUUUCUUAAACCUUCAAAUAAGCGUGUGGAGAUCUCCAUACUGCUCAGCCUUGGCUGUCUGCAUUUUUUGCUCCAACCCUGAAUUUUUAGAAUUCGACUGAAAGGGGUCUGCUUGAACCACUCCUCAACCACUGUGCCUCAUCUGUCUCCUGGGCCCUCUGCUGACAGAGGAGAUGGAGAUUUUUUUACCCGUUAUACUGCCUUGCUUUUUGGUCACCUUUAAUAAUUUAUAACAGUCGCCUAGCAGGCCUGUGCGCAGAGCCAGACUGUUCCAGCACUGCACUUUUUAGCUUCUUUGCAGUUCUGUCUGACAUUGCUAAGGAAAUUACAGUGGGAACAGCAGGUGACUUAUUUUCUGCCCCGGUGCUCUGCAAAGGCUGACCUUUGGGUGUGUGCUUGGGACUGAAGUGAUUGCGUGAAAAUUUUAGAUAGCUGUCAUUUUCUUUUGAUCCCAGCUAUACCACUGCCACUAUAUGCUUUCAGGAAAAAGGCUUCAUCUUAAGGAAAGUGGCAGCUGCAGAAUUGGCCAUUGGCAUCUGCGCACUGUAUUCCAACACUGAGCAAGCUGCCUCUUGUAGAUGGCUGUCCGUCUAAUUGCUAUAUAGAAAAUGUGAGGACAGGCUAAAAUUCUUUGUGUCAGGAGCUCUUGGAUGUUGAAUCCACCCCUUCCAUGAAAGUGGAAUGUUAUUUAUCAGGCGCCUUUCUCCUGUAUUAGGUCUGUUUUUGUAAAUGUUCUCUUUAUUCCAUCUCCUGUUCUUUCCCAGUUUGAAUUUCUUGUCACAAUUCUUGGUUGCUACUUAGACCCCAGCUGUGUUCCUUUAUUGAGAACUAGUAUUUGCAAAACUCUUUUGUGUAUGUCUCAAGGAACUCAGGCUUCUCAUUUCAGAUUUCUUGCUCUGCUUCUCAGCCUCGCAUUAAAGCUUGGGUACAGGUUUGUGUGUCUUCUUAAACAUCAGUUGUUCAUUCAUUUAUCAAACCUUGAAUUCUAAUGCAAUUCCUACAGCACAGAAGGGCUGUGUUAGCAUCCUCAGAACAGUUUUUUUUGUGAGGGACUGGGACACCAGUCAGACUUGUUUUCAUUCCUUUUCAGUAGAGGAGCCAUAGGCAGCUGCUUGCUGUUGUAAGCUUCUGGCUCAGAAUGCCACAGCUCUCUCCAGAAGCUGACUCCUAUAGAAACUAGCGCAGAUGGCCUGUGAUUUUGAUUCUAAAGGUUUUGAGUUUAUCACCUGCUGAUAAUUCAUGGUGGGAAGUUGUUACCCUAAUUAGCUACUGGGUUUGAUGAUUCUUUUCCACUUGCCUGUUGCAAGAAGUGCUCCCACCUGCAUGAGCCAGGGGUUCAUAAAGAUGGCACAUAGGAGAGAAGGAUGUGGAAGAGGCUGCAGAAUUUUUCCAGUUCUGCUUUAUCUCACAGCAGCUGUGAAUUGUUAACUGCUGGCAACAUGGCAGACAGAGACAGAUAGUGCAGUGCUGCUUUUGCAGCAGUGUGAUUCAGUGUCUUUGCUCUGGGGGAGACUAUCAGCCUAACACCUUGCUGUCGUGAGUAUGAGUUUUUCCUAUAGUAGUCCUAUAGCCAUGGGGAGGAAUUUCCACAAGAGCUCGGUAACCUCAGCUAUUUCAGUAACGUUGAAGGUGUCAGCACUGUGAGAUCUGCCUGAGGAAGAUGAGCCAGGGUGUUCCUUGGUCCGAGUACCUUGGUCCUCUGUUACUAAUAGCACCGCGGGUGGGCGUUGCUGGCUCACUGCAGACAAAGGGUGUGGGUUUUUUUCUUUUCAUUGGGUCUGCCAAUUCAGAAAUUCUCUUUUGAAAGCACUUGAUUGGCAUUGAGACUAGCCUGUUUGUUAGAUAUUCUAUGCCGGUAGUGGCAUGGAGACAUACAGUGAAAAAAAUAUAGAUAUUCCACCAGAGGGAGCAACCUCCAGCUGAAUCUUUUUUUUUUUUUUUUAAUCUGGAGUUACAAACAUGAAAAGGUUGAUGUUUGAAGACUAGAGGGCAGACAUAAAAGAACAACGCAUUUCAUCUGCCACCUCUGGGCUCCAGGGCUUGGGUUUUUGAGUAACUGUGAACUGAUGUUGCUGUAUUCUUUCUGUAGAAAAACACUGAAAAAUAGUAUUUGAUUUGAUAUUUGCUUCUCAAAAACAAACAUGCAAACAAAAACCCACCUUCUCUGGUCAUAGCUGGAACAGAAUAGUAACCAAAAUUUUGUGAAUAAAAAUAUAUUUGGGUUCUCUUACAGACUCUGACAUAAUAAGUCUCACGUGAUGCAGCCAUAAGGCAAAGGGUACGGGGCGCUCUGCUUUCUGGACGGAAUUUGGGCUACUUCAGUUCUGUUCUUCCAUUUGUAUUUGUGGAAUGCGUUCAGGCUUAUCCUGCAGGCUGCUUCUCAGUCCUCUUCUUCAGCCACAUGGAAAAUAGCUCGCGGUGCUUUCCAGGGCCAGAAGAUGCUGUUCUCUGGAGCAGCUGUUUCUUUGAAGUUUGCUUGACAGGGCUGCUUUUAUCCCUGGCGAAGUAUUUCAUCAAACGGUGUCUGUAGAGUCAGACUACAAAAAGCUGCAGAUCUCCAGGUUCCCUGUUAUAUAUAUAUUUUUUUUAAUCUAAAACCUUUUUUCACCUCUUCAGUCCUUGGAGGAUAAACAAAAGGCCUCUCAACUCAUUUGGCUGAUCCUAGACAUGCCAUUCAUCUUAGAAUAUUGUGUUAGCAGCUCUCUCCAGACACCUCUGCGCGCACCUAUUCCAGCAGGAGGGACUGCCCCAUUUCCAGGAGGCUGGCUGCACGCACUGCGAGACAGAGCUGUGUCUGUGGGAAGGAUCUGAAUGGAGAUUCCUUUGCCAAUAUUACUCUUGGUUCGAGCAGAGGGCUUUGUGUCAUGUUGUGCUUACUGGUGUCGUUCACAGUUCUGUGAGUGGGACAGCCAGCACCACUCUCAUCUGCAGUUUUAUUUUUACAUCUUGGUUGGAUGUUCUUGGCGGUUUACAGAGAGCAUGGAUAGGAUCUGCCUUUUUAUAUCCCUCUCCUGUUUCUUCAAGUGCUUCCCCAAAGUGCAGGACAUGUCAUUUUUCCUCCAAGUUUUAGGCUGUGCAUCCAUUUCUUAGGGGUGUCUGAAUGAGGAGUAAGACAGGGCACCUCGUAGCAUCCUGAGCGAGUGAACAGCUAUCAGAGUGAGAGCAAAACCAGUACCAAUUAAUGGAAAGCUAAGCAAAUGUUCGUGAGGUAGGAUUUCUUUCUGCCAACAGCUCCUUUUGUAUACUCUGAGAAUCUUCAUCAAGGGACUUGAGAGUGAACCGGCUGUCAGCAUAGAAAUGCAGGCAUUUAUCUGAAGUCCUCUGUUGUUGUGCUUAGAUGCUUCCAGUGGCCAUGCUUGUGUGAUGCAUUCUGAGCUGGGACUCUGUUCACAAGUACCAUUGUGACACCAUUCCCUCCUCUCAAGGUACUGCUGGCAGUGUGAACAUCUCCCUAGUUGUGGCCCUGCAUCCCCACUAGCUGCAGAGUGUAGGUAAGGAUGUUCUCCUUUACAGCAAAGUGACUGUGCUUGGAGCUGGGUGGGGUUCUCCCACAUUGGUCAAGUACCAGUUAUGAAAGCAAAAACAUGUGGACUGUUAAGACGCUGGGGGAGGUUCUUUUGUAAUUCUGUCCUAUGUUCUGGGCCCUUCUUACUAAUGCUGGUGUAUGUGUGUGUACAUGUGCAUGUGUGCACCCGUCCAUGAACUGUCUUCUAAUUCUUCUGAGAUGGGAUUACUGCAGCGUACAGUGCAGUGUGCAGAGGGGGGGUGUGGGAGAAUGGUCCCUUGAGCUAUGAAUAUGUUUUGUACAGGGAAACAUGGAAAAUGUAGAAUUUUGAAUUCUCUUUUGUAAUAAAUACCUCUUUCGAGCA